AUGUCAGCCCCUCAACAUCCAGCACAUGCUCAAGUACCCCAUGUACUCGCCGCUGAACCCCCCCGAUCUCGGCCAUCAUCCAUUGAACAUGAGCUCCCCAAGGUCGGCAAGAUCGUAUUCCGUGUACAAGGGAUCCCACUAGAAGUAACGCUGGAAGGACUGGAGAAGAGUUUCAAAAGUCAUUUCAAACGCUCGAAUAGCCAGGAGAACACUAUCGAUACAGGUCUAAGCUCCUUAGUGCCAUGCUGCUAUGGGAGUGGACACCAGACAGCUCUGAUACAGUUCCAACCGCAAACCCCCAAGCGUCUGGAAUCACUGGCUCCUGGUAGAUGUUACGAUUUCGAGGACCCUGAUUUUCAAUGCCGAAUCACGAUAGAUCAGGACUUCAUGGGAUCAACUCAGUUAUACCCAACGAUUUCAAACCUACGGAUCGAAGCGGACGUUGUCGCUAUACCGGGAAUUAAUGGCCAUGCUUAUGGAUCAUGGACCGGAGCAAGCAAGCAAAAUCGAAAGACAAUGUGGCUUCGUGACUUUAUGCGUAAAGACUUUCAUACAUGUAGGACAAUGAUCUUUGGAUACCAUUCCGCGUUGCUCGAGCACUAUGCCCACACAAUGAGCGACUAUACCGAAGACCUCUUACAGGAGGUAACGAGAGCGAGAGGAAAUGCUGAGGAAAUGGGAAGGCCGAUUAUCUUUAUGGGCCAUAGUUUUGGGGGGAUUCUAAUCACUCAUUCUAUUGUCAAGGCUUGGAUAUCGAAGCAGCCAGGCCGUUUAUGUGGCAGCAUACUAAAUAACUUCAAGGGAGCCAUUUUCUUUGGAACUCCCCACCAGGGCUUACAACAUUUAGAUGAACUUCUCGAAGCGGUAAAAAAAAACCAAGGGAGGAAAGCUCUACUGGAAAGUAUUAAAUUCGGAAAUCGCGAUCUUGAAGAUACAUUAUCCGCAUUUAAGCGCUAUUGCCAGGAAACCAAGCUAGAGGUAGUAAGCAUCAAGGAAAGCCGGGAGACAAGGAAGGCGACGAAGGGUGAGCUUGGUGAAUUGGCUCGCAAUGGUGAACUGGUAAUGUUUGUUGCUGUUGCCUUCUCCGAGCUCAAGUUACCAGAGAAUCUCGAGACGACGGCAAUGGCUGAAGGAGAUCAUUCAAGCCUGAUUUAUGAGCAAGGGGGAUAUGUAUAG